AACGGUUAGCUUCAACGGCUAAUUAAAGCCGCGGUGAGUUGGUCCGUUAGUAAUCCGUUGGUUGGAAGCUGCCUUUGAAACACAGCAGAGGGUCUCCGCUGACCGGGCGGGUCUAUCUUCGGUUAGAGAAGGAAGGUGUGUAACUUCCCCCUCCGCGCUCAGAGCCUGUUACCGCUGGCUUCUAGCGUGGUGUCCAGACGUCCUGUGUUUCUCCACGAGCAUCAAGAGGCUGACCUCUGCUGGAGGACUUUCACCCGGGGCCACCUGCCAGGCCAGGCCUCCCUGCUCCUGACAGUCAGACAGCUCCACUGCUUGUACCAUAACAUGGGGAACCUACUGAAAGUUUUGACUUGCACAGAUCUGGAACAGGAGCCCAAUUUUUUCCUCGAUUUUGAAAACGCCCAGCCCACAGAUGCAGAGCGGGAGGUGUGGGAGCAGGUGGACGUGGUGCUGAAGGACGCGAAGGGGGUCCUGGAUGAACUGCAGGCGUACAAGGGAGCAGGGCAGGAGAUCAGAGAGGCGAUCCAGAAUCCAAGUGAUGAGGCAUUACAGGAGCAGGCGUGGGCGGCUGUGGUUCCCUUGGUGGGGAGACUGAAGAAGUUUUAUGAGUUCUCCCAGAGAUUAGAGGCGGCGCUGCACAGCCUCCUGAGAGCUCUGACCAGCGAGACGUACAACGACCCCACUCAGCACCUGGAGCGGGAGCAGGCGUUGGCCAGGCAAUUUGCAGAGAUCCUGCACUUCACACUGCGCUUUGAUGAGCUUAAAAUGACAAAUCCCGCCAUUCAGAAUGACUUCAGCUACUAUAGGAGAACCUUGAGUCGAAUGCGGAUCAAAAACGUACCGGCGGAGGGUGAGAAUGAAGUCAACAAUGAGCUGGCCAAUCGGAUAUCUCUGUUCUACGCCGAUGCCACGCCCAUGCUGAAAACAUUAAGUGACGGCACAACAAAGUUUGUAUCCGAGAACAAGAACCUGCCGAUCGAGAACACAACGGACUGCUUGAGCACAAUGGCGAGUGUGUGUAAAGUCAUGUUGGAAACGCCGGAGUACCGCAGCCGAUUCUCCAGUGAGGAGACGGUGUCUUUCUGCCUCCGAGUGAUGGUCGGGGUCAUCAUCCUGUACGACUACGUCCAUCCCGUUGGAGCUUUUGCCAAGUCAUCCAAAAUCGACAUGAAAGGCUGCAUCAAAGUCCUCAGAGAUCAGCCUCCGAACAGCGUCGAAGGCCUUCUCAACGCUCUCAGGUACACAACCAAGCAUCUGAAUGAUGAAUCAACCAACAAGACUAUCAAGAGCAUGCUGCAGUAGGACCAAGCUGCUGCUGCUACUGCUUGCCUCACACCCUGCUGGGGGGAGACGCCACUCUCCUGACUGAUGUCGGUGCACAGAAUGUUUUUGGGUUUUAAUUUCUGCUUUUUUUAAUUUUAUAACGGAAAAAGAGCUACAGCUCCGGCCCUCUUUUAUAAUGCAAAAUGCUACUGCCAUUAUGAACGUCUUUUUCUGUGCCAAAAAGAUGUUGCUGAGAUGUAAUGUUUUCGAUACAAGGCCAUUCAACAGUGGCAGCUAAUGAAAGCAUUAUGGAUCAUCUGGUGUUUUUAAACUUGUUUUUCCCUAUAUAAGGGACGGGAGUGCGUUGACUUGAAAAUUUAAAAGAGAGAUAUAUAGAGAAGUAUAUAUUAUUUUUGUUUGAUUUGUUAUUUAAUAUUACAUCCUCUGCAUGAUGAAAAUGAUGUUUCCCUUCUAUUUAAAGAAAACUAAUGGUUCAGUUAAAUUUGUCUGCUCUGCAUUAUUAAAUGUUUUGUUAUUGAGAUGGUACUUGUCGAAAUGAGAUUUAAGAGUACUGUUUGUAUAUUUUUAUAGGUUUUAAUUUGUGCAUAUGUCUUUUUUCUUUUUGGUUGUGUUGUAUUUUUCUUUUGAAAACUUUAAACUGUGAUGUGUGCAAAAUCAAAUUAAAUUUGGGAGUCUGUACUGUAAAUGGACAGUAUGUUGUGGCUGGAGAAAUUAAACGGAGAACUUUUGUUUUCUACAA